AUGGAUCAAUCCAACUCUUGUAAUCGCGACCCUUAUUCGCCGUAUACAAAUGACUAUGUGGCUGUGGAUUACGGAAAUAUUUUUAAUUCCAUUCAAAACUUGCCUGUAAGUGUAAACAAUGAAGGUAGAGAGAGUAAUUACAAUUUGGGGUCUCCUGAUGGUGAAACGAUACUGGACAUAUCUGGUUGCGAAGAUCAACCCAUACAGGAUUUAACAAAAUUGUUGAAGGAAUGGAAACAAGAAUUUCUUUUGGAGCAUUUUGUUCAACAAAAAGUAUUUGUCGAUGUGUUGAAGGUUAUUAAAUCUCAUCACCUUGAACGCCUUUUGAAAGAUUUCGAAAUUGGAAUACAAAUUGUUUUCGAACACAAUUUAGAACAGUGGAGACAGUCCAUGGGAGCACCAUUACUUUAUAGUGGAAAUACUUCAACACUAACUUCACCAUUAUCCCCAACUUCAUCGUGUAGUUCCUCCAGGGCGUCAUCACCCGCUCACGACUCGCGUGUAACACCCUACUGCAAAGAACAACCGGACAGUCAACCUUUAUCGACUAUAUUAAAUGAAACAACUAAAGGUGUUAUGCUUACUGACUUUUAUAAUAAGUUUUCGAAACUACAAGAAGAACAGCGUACAAUAUUAAUAACUUUAGUCGCACAAUUUCAUGAAGAUAAAGGCAUAGCGAUGACCCUUGCAGGAAGUUACAGAUUGGAACGAGAAAUUUUGGAAAGAUUUCCAACUGAGAGACUGGAAUACUAUCGUUCGAAUAAACGAGGACUAAUAUAUAAUAAAUUCUGUAAUUUGAAGAAGUCUGUGGGAACUGCAAUUGGAAAAUAUGUAUCAAACACCAAAUCCAAAAACCAGCCUGAAAAGAAGUACAGAUUAGAAAAAAACUUUGAGCCAGAAACUGACGGCGAAGCCUGCCUUAGAGCCUUGAAGUACGACAAUUUAUCAAGUGAGCAAAUUGAUAGCACUUGGAAAGCUUGCAGCCAGUAUCGGCUGCAUGACAUAAAAACUUUUGGGGAUACUGGUGCAAUAAUCGAUAAAUGGUCGUUGUAUAAAAGUCCUUCGGGCUUUCGACUGAUCGACAUGGACUUCACGGUAGCCUUCUCUAAUGGAGAGGGUCUACUAGACAACUGGGAGAAAUGUUACGAUAAAAUCUUGACAUUUUUACACGGAUAGUAAUUUAAAAGACAAAAACUUAAAACUAAUUUUGGAAGAAAUAAGAAAAAACGGCAGCUUGU